GUGACCGUUUUGGCGGUGGCGACGGACGGAGGAUGAUGACAAGUCGAGGCAGUCGUGCAAACAAAAGCCACCACCAUCACCACCACCAUCAUCAGGGACAACGACGACAACAACAUGGUGGUGAUGGUGUGGACGAGGCCACAUUGGGGAAGUUGAGGCAGGCAGCGAUCCAUCCGGACCACCGCACUCAGGUGGAGAUGCUGCACGACGUCGUGGUGACGACGCGCCCAAACCAACAGCAGCUGCACGGGCUCAUGCAGCAUGGCUUGCCCGACAUCAUGCUCAACUGCGUCGGCAACUCCAGCACGGAUGACUUUGACCCGGAAACCCUCAUCAAACGCUGCACGCUUGCCACGACCCUGUGCUCGCUCUCCUCUGGUCCCGGAUUCCUCCGGCCUUUUGUCACCCGCGUCGCGCAGGCUGCGCUGCAUGUGGCCAAUUUGGUGCAGUCUGCGUGUGUGCAUGAGCUCAAUGCCGCCGUUCACGCCGACGCAGCAUCGCCGACGGUGGAGCGCCUUGUGCCCAGCUUCAAACUGCUGCUUCAGCGCAUCCUUGACACGUGCAGCCACACCCCGCACGUGAUUGAGGUGCUGUGGGUCAGCCCGAUCCUGCUGCGCAUGCUCAUUUUGGACACCAGCAACCUGCUUGAUCGCCACGCACCAGAGCAGCGGCACGACACGAGCGAUGCGGACAUGGAGCGCGGCUUGAUGCUGAUGCCGGUCAUCACGGGCGUUGUUGUCGUCACGCUGCGGUUUGUGAAGCGCCUUGUCGGGCUGCACGAGCAGCACAACGCCAGCCGCCUCCUGCCCCGCGAAGCGACAACAGCCAUCUUCUACGAGCUCCUGUAUCGCUUCACCAGCGCCCUCGGCCUUGCACCUGACGACACCAGCGGUGAUGUCGGGGAGGGAGGUGGUGGUGGACGGGACGGUGGUGAAGAUGGUGGUGAUGAUGAUAAUGGACGCAACAGUGGUGCGCGCGUGGUGCCUGCGCUGUUGGUUGCUGGCAUGGAGGCGCUGAUGGUGAUCUACACCAUCUGCCUCCAUGACGGCCACGUCUUGCAGGAAAUCAGGGACAACCGCGCGAUCCUGCGGGCGCUGGAGACGGCGGCGGAGAAGCGGCACCUCGAUGCCUGCAGGCAAUUCCAGCAGUUUGGCACUUACAAGGCCGCCCUUACACACGUGGUGCAGAUGGUGCACGCACGUGCACGCGGCGACGGCGGAAACCGCGACUUGCGACCGCACCACCCGUCCCAGCAGCAGCGGGAGGAGGAUGCUGCUGUCCGCAUCCAAAGGGUGUGGAGGGGCGUGGCUGCGCGUCGCCGCAUUGCCUGCAUGCAUCGCGGCGUGCGUGCGCUGCAGCUCAUCUUCCGAGCGAAGCGGCUGCGGCGGCGACGGAAGCAGCAGCAGCACUACCAACGGCAGGAGGAGAGGGCGAUGGCUGCGGAUGUGUACAGGACGGCGUGGCUGAGGGAACGCGAGGCCCUGGCCAGCCACCUCAGGGGCUUGAGCGGGUCUGAGGUUGAGACUGCAUUGCGUGACCGCCAUAAUGCCGCCGCUGUCGCCAUCCAGCGCACGUGGCGCGGGCGACACGCACGCGCACACGCACACGUACUGCGCCGUGCGAGGGCGAGGGAGGCAGCAGCGUGUGCUGUGCAGAGGUGGUGGCGGCAGGUGGCGGCGCGGCGGCACUGGCAGCAGCGUCGCAAGUACCGCGCCAUGAUGGGCAUAUCCGCUGUUGGCCAUGGCGAUGGUGGUGGCGAUGGUGGUGCAGGGGGCGUGAGGGUUGUGCGGGCCGACGAGCUGAUUCGGGGGCUGCAGCGGGGGCGGGUGGUGUCACUGCAUAUCCCCGACAGCAAACGCGAUGAGCUGCAGAACCGCAUCAUUGCAUACCGCGAACGCCACGCGCCCGUCCGGCCAACCACCACGAGGAGGGAUGGUGGUGGUGGUGGUGGUGGUGGUGGUGGUGGUGGUGGUGUGGGUGAGCGUGAGGAGUGGUUUGAGGCGUUGAAGGAGGUGUAUGAUAAAGGGCAGGCGCGGUAUCUGGUGCACGCGUGCCGACGACAGCGACAGACAGAGAUGGAGCAGCAGCAGAAGACAAUCAUCGCCCGCAUCCAGCAGCAGGCCGCCGUCAUGCGAGAUGAACCGCUGCAAAUUGACGCGGCCGCGCACAACGGCAGCACCACCGAACUCAACAUCGAUAGCGCCGUGAUUGCUGCUGCGACCACCGCCCACAAGGAGGACAUGAAGGCCGCCACGCUCCCCUGGUGGAAACAGGUCGACACAAACCUGUAAAACAUGUCUUCUGUCUGUGCUUGUUGUGUUGUAGUGCGUGUGUAUGUGUGUGCCUGUGUGCAUAUGCCUGUUGUGUUGUAUUGUGCGUGUGUGUGUGUUGAGUCAUGAUGUAUUCUGGGCUUAUGGCUGCGUGCUGGCUACGCCUGUCCUCUCCUCUCCUCUGCUCUUGUUGACAUCUUUGAACACUUGCUGGCGAAGUGUAUUAAAAGCUGUAUUCGAC